UCUGAGUGUCUCUACCGAAACGAUCGAUAACAGCUGUCAAUAAACUCGCUUAGUCCGAUUUCAAAUAGCUGGAAUUGAAUACAUUUAGAAUAGAAAAUUAUUUGCCUUUUAUUUUUUCAUAUUCAAUUGUGACCGUUGGGGUCAAGGUGUAGUUUCGGUCGGGUCAAUGUAUAUAGACGCGUUUAAACGUCUCCUCGUUGAUCGGCUAAAUUGCUUGAAAAGAAUGUGUGUAUGUCAGCGCCAAGGCAGCUCUUUUGCUAUGUCUAAGGCAGCCGUGAGGAAGCUGCACUGGCGCUCCAAGGUCCAGGAGAGCUUCAUCCCCCUGGUUGGUUCCUCUGGGGAACUGGGGGUGGCGGUGGGUGGCGGAGCUGACUAUGGAGAGUUCCCAUUCGUCACCUCAGCCCCCGGGGGCGGGUUCACAGUGGGCGACAUCAUCCUAGAGAUUGGCGGUACCCCUGUGUUUGGGAUGACACUAGGAGAUGUCCGGGGGGUCCUUAACUCCUGCCUCCAUCCCAUCCGCAUCAAGACGGUCUCACCAGGCUCUGCCUUGUGUAAGGACCUCAGGCUGUAUCUGAGUAAGUGCUUCACUCCAGGCUCCAUGGACAGCCAGCUUCAGCAGGUCAUCCGGGAGAACCUCUACCUCCGAGCAGUGCCUUGCACGACCAGACUGCCCCAUGAUGGGGAGAUCUCAGGGGUGGACUACAACUUUGUCUCCAUAGAAGAGUUCUUCUCUUUGGAGGAGUCAGGAGCUCUUCUGGAGAGCGGCAAGUUCAAAGGGAACUACUACGGCACCCCCCGGCCAGUACACAUUGGUCCAGAGAGUCCUCCCAUCACCUACCAGGAACACCGCAACCUGCUCCGGAACUUCCGAACACGCAGCAAGUCGCUUAGCAACCUGGAGAAAGCAGCCGAGGAGGGGGAGAACAGCGAGGAAGAUUCUGGCCUGUCAGGCAGGUUUACCAAAGACAGACUACUGCCUUGUGGAUUAGUGGGUAUCAGCAAUGCACAUCCCGUCUCCUUGUCCAGAGGGUCCAUUGGAGGGGAUGGCAGUACCAUGGAGAAUGGCCAUGGCAGCACCCGUGCCAGGGUGCAAGCAGUGAUGCCUAAAAACUGGGAGGUGGCCUACAGCGACUCAGGAGAGCCUUUCUACAUAGACCAUAACUCCAAGAUGGCCAGCUGGCAGGAGCCUCGUGCACAGAGCAGCAGAGAGACAACGCUUGACAAAAAUACAUUACCAGGGUUCACAGACGAGCCAGGGGAGCUGAGGGGUUUCUCUAUCCACACACGCUUCUCUAAAGGUCCCAGGGGGUUUGGUUUCAACAUUGUGGGGGGCAGCAGAGCCAGGGAGUUCCUUCAGGUCUACAGUGUCACGCCAGGGGGACCUGGAGCUCUCAACACAGCAGAUAUCCUGGUUUACAUCAACGGUGUCUGUGUCCUGGGAACGUCCCACAAAGAAGUGGUAGAGAUGCUGAAGGCAGUUCCUGUGGGCCACAGUGUGGACAUGGUCCUCCGAGGAUACCCCAUGCUCUACAACCCCGACGGCUGCCCCAAGCAGCCCCAUCCUGGGUUCACCGACAUCUGUGACCCCUUCCUCCCACCCACCACCACCCAGCCCCAGCCCUCACACCAGCGCCUCCCCCUCCUCCGCCCAUCCACAGCCCCAACCCAGACCCAGGAUCAUAAUCUCAACGGGGUCCUUUCUCACCACGAUGAGGUGGGUUAUAUGGGUCCAGGAGUGAGGCCAGGACUGGAUGCCAAUGGGAAUGCCACCUCCACAGCUACCCAACCACCAUCCUCUUACAGACACUCCAGCGGUCAUCUUGCUCACUCCGCUGACCCACCCUCGUACAGACGUUCCAGUCGCUACCUAUCUGAUUCCACUUCCCCUACACCACCCUCAUACAGACAAUCCAGUGGUAGCAUCACUCCCACCACCCCCCCGGUCCGCCCACCCCGCUCACUGAGGGGCCUCGCCCGCCUGCAGGCCACUGACAACUGCCAGAGUGACAGCGAAGUGGUCUCAGCCAUCGGCUCACACAGGGCAUUCAUGAUCCGUAACCACAACAAUAACUCCCUCUCUACCCCCCCUCAGCCCCUGCGUUACAGAACCUCUAAGAGUGACCUGUCUGAGAGCGCCCUGUCCACCUCCUCCACCCUCCCUGUGUCCAGACUGCCCAUUCCCCAGUCAGAGACACCCCGUCUCUCGUCCUCCCCUGGUGGAGGGGCGUACUCCCGCCUCAUCAGGCCCCAGGCCUCCCUGCUGAGACCCCCUCCCACCCCUGACAGCCCCCACCUCAGCUUCAAUGGCUUCCAUGGCAAUACAAGCGGCAGCGGCAGCCCCAUAAGCAUCUCGUCUCCCGGGGCGAUGAGUCUGGGCAGUGGCUUUGGGGUUGGAAGUGGAGGGGAGCUGGUGCCAGUGGCCCUGGCUCAGUGUGAGGGUGGAGGGGGAAUGGGUUUCAGUGUGACGGCCGGGGGACAGGGGGGCAGGCUGGCCCUUGUCAAGAGGGUCUGGGACAGGAAGCAGUGCUCCUCCCUACAGCCAGGGGAUGCCAUCAUGAAGAUCAACGGAGCAGACGUCCAGAGUCUCAGCUUUGCACAGGUACAACAGGUUCUCCAGGAACACACCAAACAAGGAGAAGUGGUCUUAUUGGUUCACAGAAGAGGUUCACACCGUUCUUCCAUCUCCCCCAACUCUAUGCAAAGAGUCCCCUCACCACUCCUCUACCUCCAUCCUCCACCCGUGACAUCAGACUACAAUCCUUUACCCCCUGCGGACGUCCUGAUCCUACCCCGUCCCUCCUCCACCCCUCCUCCCCCGGCCAUGGUGCGCUCCUCUCUGGUCCAGAGCACCAGUUUCCUGGAGUCAGUCCCAGUCACCCUCACCAUGGAGCCCAAAGACUGGCUGAACGAGGGCAUGGAGGAUGAGGGGGACAGGGAGGUGGUGAUCCCAGGACCAGGGCAGGAGGGAGGGGGACGGAACCGUGUGCCCCGGGGAUUUGAUGUGGAGCUGAGGAGGAAGCCAGGAGAGGGGUUCGGAUUUGUCAUCGCUUCAGAGGAUGUAGAGAACAGGAAAGCCACCUCGCUCCUCCCUCACCGGUUUGUGACGGUGCGUCGGGGCAGUCCUUCGGCGAGGAGCGGUCAGAUCCGACCCGGUGACCGGUUGGAGGCGGUCGAUGGGCGUUCUGUGGUGACCCUACCCCACCGGGAGCUCGCCCAUAUCCUGCGCCGAGCUGGAAACACCCUACGCCUCACCAUCAUCCCCCGUCCUAGCACAUACUCAUCCAGCCUAUCAGAGACCGCAGACUAUGACCCCAAUUACAGAAGCAGAAAAGGACACAGGUCACGACCCAAGCAUGACUCUAGGUAUUACAGUGUGGAUCUAGACCGCGGCCCAACAGGUUUUGGGUUCAGUCUGCGGGGGGGGGAUGAGUACAACAUGAGUCUGUACGUACUGGGACUGAUGGAGGGAGGACCUGCCUCACGCAGCCACAAAAUACAGGUAAGCGAUCAGUUGGUGGAGAUCAACGGGGACAGCACAGCAGGGAUGACCCACAGCUUGGCUGUAGAGCAGAUACGCAGGGGAGGACACCGCAUACACCUGGUGCUAAAGAAAGGCAACGGAUACGUACCCGAUUACGGCCGUGAGCGCAGAGUCACCUCCCCCUUCCUCCCACUGCAGCACCCCGAGGAGCAGAGUGUGGCUGCAGUAGACCUGGCCCGCCGGGCGAGCCGCAGCUACAGGUCCAAGGUGAAGAAGCGGGGGAGGUCUUCGAAAGGGAGAGAAAAGAAGAAGAAAGGAAGCAGGUCAGGGAGAGGCAGAAGCAGCAGCUCAGAGGGAGAGGAAGGAGCAGGGGAAGUGAGACACAGCCCUGAUUCAGACCCUGGUCCUGAGAGAGAGGAGGAGGAGGAGGACAGUGAGACAGGAGGCAGCGGCCUGAGAGAGAGGACUCAGGUGAGAGGGAGGGAUAGGAGGAGGAAGAACAGGAACAAGGGAGGCUCUCACAGUUUACCCAGAAAUGCCCUGAGGAAACGUAACAACGAUAACAUACACAUAGAGGCAGAGAGGGGGGAUGAGAGAGGGAGGGAGAGAGAGAGGAGGAGAGAGAGAAAAAGGAAAAGCAGGAGUGAGGAGAGGGUCAGGAAGAGGGAGAACAGUGGGAAAACAGAGGAAGAGGAGGAGGUGAAGGAAAGAGAGGAGAAGAAGGAUAUGGAGGAAGAAGAGGUGGAAGAGGAGGAAGAAGAUGUAGAGGAGGUAGAUGCUUAUCUCCCCAUUACUAACAAAAGGCUGCCCAGGCCCAAGCAAGACUGGGAGGAAGAGGAUGUGGAAGAGAGGGAGAGGAAAAGGAGAGAAUGGGACAUGGAAAGAGAAAGGGAGUUGGAGAGUGAGAGAUUGAGGGACAGAGAGUGGGAGAGAGAGGAUGGGAGGUUGAGGGAGAUAAAGUGGGAGAGGAAGAGGAUAAAUGAUGAGGAAAGAGAAAGGUCUCAGUCCCUGAACAACCUGCUCUCCUUGGAGUCUCGUGUGGCCUCUCCACUACAGAGAGAUCCCUUCUCCUUCCUAACUCCCUCCUCUGAGCUGGAGCAUGCAGAGUCAGUAACCAGCCACUCAGAUGGCAGUGUGUAUGCUGCCAGUGUCUCUGGCCUCUCGCUGGCCCUCACAGAGGGGUCUGUUCUGGGGACCCCGGCCCUGCUGCUCCCAGGCCCCUGGCUCAAACCCAGCCAACAGAGGAUCACUGAGGUCAUACAGGAGAACAGGCUUGCAGGAGAACCGAGAAAAAGAGGGAGGGGAAGGGGAAGAGGAGUCAUGGAAGAAUCGGGAAUAUAGAGAGCAAAGCAAAAGUAUACAUGCUGUUUGAGGAAACGGUUAUCAUAUCAAGGGUUCAUGAUCAAGAAGAGUACCAAACUGUAUCCCCUCUUUUUAAACUAUACUCAACACAGUUGGUUUUAUUGUGACGCUUUUGAUAUGUCAUAUUAUUUAGUGAUAUUCUUUGUGCCUUUUGACAGCUGGUUUCUGACUGAUGUUACUGUUGACAAUGUCCACUUGUAAAUAUUUGAAGAUGUUCCAGUGGAACAGAAAUCAGUUUCUCUCCUCUCCUCUGUGGAAAUCCCCUAGUCCUCCUUCUGAAUACAGCACCUUUCUCUGCUCUCCUCUGUGGAAAUCCCCUAGUCCUCCUUCUGAAUACAGCACCUUUCUCUGCUCUCCUCUGUGGAAAUCCCCUAGUCCUCCUUCUGAAUACAGCACCUUUCUCUGCUCUCCUUCAGGAGUUGCAAUAGAAUUGUCCUCCUGCAGUUGUUAGGAACUGGGAUGGUCGUUCUCUCUGUAGUGACACGUGCCAGUGUACUUAAGUAUUGGAGUUUCAGUUCCCUUCCACUGUAGAUAGAGAGACAGCAUAAUACCUCAUGAUACUGAGCAAUAAUAUGCAACACACCCAGGCUACACUUUGCCCAGGGAAUGUGAAGGGAAGGGGUGGUAUUGUAUGGUACCUGCGACUCCUUCUACUGUCCAUCCAACUGUUCUGACAUAGAUGCUGUUCUGUGUGUUCAUUUGAUUGUGAUGACUUUCAGAGGACCGUGUCUUUGACAGCCAGUUUGUGCUGUGUGUGCAAUCUGUAUACUGUCUAAAUAUUUGUAUUAAAUACAUAUCUCAAUGCUAUUGUAUAUACAAUAUUUAAUGGAGCCCUGAUUCACAUUGUUGGUACUGUGAAAUAUAAUAAUACAUAGAGACGAUAAAGGCUACUGACAACAUUUUAAUCCAUAUUAUAGACUUGUGAUUUCAUGUUAUUGAAAUGAAUGUUGUGAUAUUGGUUAAGUAUCAGGGGUAAACCCUUCUAUCAAACAAAUCUUACCAAAGUCAUACAGCAUGAAUACAUAUUUAUAUUGUCAAAAUGUUAUUUCCUGUAAGUAAGAACAGAGCCACUCUCCAUUCUACAGUAGUGCCGUGCCCUCUUCAGUAGUGGUGGGGAGUUGACUCCGAAAGAGUUGAUUCCUUGACCACAGAGAGUCAGAGUCGACUCUUAAAAUCCCAACAGGGUCUGACUCCAGCAGAUACCUUAUCACGCCACUGACGCUGUGAGACAUGCGAGAUGAGACAGGAGGUCGAAGGGUGCCAGAUAGGAUUGUAUGUUACCGCCACCAACAGCAUGGGUACACACCAACAGUGUGUGUGUGGUGUCUCUCUUGUUGUGAUGAUGUGUUUUGUCCUAUAUUUUUAUUUGAUUUUGUAUUUUUAAUCCCAGGAUGUCUUUUUCCUUUUGGUAGGCCGUCAUUGUAAAUAAGAAUUUGUUCUUAACUGACUUGCCUAGUUAAAUAAAGGUUCAAAACAAUUUAAAAAAUACUAGCUAGCUGCACAAGCAACCGUGGUUAACACUACUCCCUGAACCAGAGCUAGUGUUCCCAGACGGAACGGCGUCAGCGCACAUCAACAGCAGCCGGAUGCUUCAAAACAUCAUAGAGUCGUUCAGAAAGAUGUGCCGUGGGAACUAGGCUGGUGUUGGCUACUGGUUAAGCCUAGAAUAUUUUGGUAAUUAGAUAGUGUCAAAUGGCUCCAUAUGCAUUGCUAAUAAAUCACCCAGUUCAGCGCACACACUCUGACAAUGCAGCUGUAGCUAAUUUGAGCAGAUUUUGAAGUGUUUUGUCAAAUUGAAGUUGGGAGUCGAGAAAGAGUCGACUCCAACCGCUCUGAUAGCAGGAGUCGGAGUCGGAUUCAACUCCCAAAAUCCCGGAGUCGUUCACCACUACUCUUAACUUGCAGUUGCCUUGGUAACCAAACCCAUACUGAACCAUUAAGCUGGCUCAUACUGUGUAUGUGGCAUUUGGAUAAUGAAUGAGUAGUGGGUGUGUCGUUAUAGUCCCCUGUCAUGACUAAAAUGAUCAAACAUCUACGUAUUUUUCCUGUCUAUUGAUCUUCAGUAAAAACAGCCAACGACUCCUGACAUUGAGUUAUCUGAAUAAAUAAAGGACAAGAUAUUAAAUCAAUCUGUCAUUGCUUUGCCAAACAAUUGGCAGACAGUUGUAAGCCAGUUAUGGGAGUUAGGGCCCAAAUAUGAUAUUUUUGUACAGAUGUAUUUUUUAAAUCCCCAGGUAUUGAGAUAUAUAAGCGAUAAACCAAUAUAUAUUAAGUUAAAGGACUGAACUAAAUACAGGAAGACACAUAUUGCUUUCAAUUGACAUUCUAUUCAAGACAUUUGGAGAUGGCGCUGUAUGUAUUGAAUUAUCUGACCCACCGAAACAGUGUUGUGAGGGAAGCAACUGAGUAUGUAUAAAUUAUGAUGUUGUCUAAUUUUAGAUACAGUUUUUACAUUCUUUUUCUCAUGCCAAUGGAAAAAAAGCAGAGGUGUCACAUCACAACUGUCACAGCACGUCUCCAGUGUUAACCAGAAUAUGAAUCAAUUAUUACACAUCAGCACAUGACUACCGAACCAGUCCAGUUAAGCUCCAUUUUUUUAUUGAGACUGUUGUUGUUACUGUUGUAAACUUGUUUUUCAAUGCUUCAUUUUUUCAUUUUCCUAAAGAAGAUAAUAGCCAAUAAAUUGUUAACAAACUUAAAAUAAACUGCUAAUAAAAUAUUUAUAUUACGUCA